CCUAGAGACUCAAAAAAAGAAACACUCAGAGCGCGAGAGAGCUCCUCGCGAGCGACAGAUCAGAGGGAAUCCGCCGCGUGAUGAUCCUCACGAGCGGCUGCAGUCCCCCCCCCCCUCAUGCCGGUGGACAUCAUGCCUCUCUUCCUGUCCUCCUCCUCAGAGGACUUCCUCUACAUCUCGUCUUCUGAGCCCCGGGAAGCGUCUCCGGAGGAACCGUCCUGCAGGAAGGAGUCCGGGAAGAAGAAGAAGCAGGUGACGUUUGCAGAUCAUCGGGGUCUCGCUCUGACUCGGGUCAAGGUUUUCUGUCCGUUCAGCGACGUCCGGAUCCCUCGGAGGGUCCGGAAGAGGCUCAGUUCCUCUCUUAAGGACCUUCAGGACUCUCUGGUUCUGGACUCUCAGGACCUUAAGAACUCUCUGAGGGUCCGUCAGAGUCUCAGUUCAUCUCCUCAGGACUCUCUGGUUCUGGACUCUCUGGUUCUGGACUUCGACCCGCCGGCCUCGGACUACCUGAGUUUCCGGCGCCGGCUGGACUCGGACCAGGUGUGUUUGUCCCACUGUGUUCUGGACGGGGGGGUUCUGAGCGGCUCGGUGCGCGUCAGGAACGUUUGCUUCCAGAAAGCCGUGAAGCUCCGCCUCUCGAUGGACGGCUGGCGGUCUCACCGGGACCUGGACUGUGACUUUGAGACGGACUCGUACCCGAGUGCCGGCAGCGACUCGUUCUCGUUCUCCUUCCUGCUGCCCCCCCGCCUCCAGACAGGGGAGUUUGCGGUGUGUUUUCAGACGGGGGGCGGGCAGGAGUUCUGGGACAGCAACCAGGGCCAGAACUACCGCAUCGUGCCGGCCUCAAAGAAGACCCGACGCCCCGAUAACGCCUCUGAUUUCGGGGUUCACUUCGACCGGUACGGCAGCCCCUCCUGCUCUCACGGGAUCCUUCCUGAUUGGCCGAGCUACGCCAGGUACGAGAACACAGGGCCGUACUACUGACCGCAAGUGGAGGUCACAUGACUACUGACGGGAAGUGGAGGUCACAUGACUUUACCGACCAAUCCUCACUGAGAAAUAUCUGCAACCAAACGGUGUCUUCUCGCUUCGUGUUUUCAGUAUAAAAUGUCAAUUUAAUGUCAAUGUUCUCUCAUUAACAGAAAAGCAGCAUUUAAGAGGUUAAAACUGCAUCUGCCACUUCUGCAUGAAAAAUAACUUGGUUUUUAUCUAGAAAUGUUGCAGGAAUGUUGUUUUGUAUAAAACUUUUCAUGCAAAAUGCUAUCCUGUUAAACUGAACUGCUGCUGUUCUCUGUGACAAAACCCCCACAUUUAAACCCACGCUGAGAUGCUCAUCCUUCUUUGUUUUAUGCAACAAAUCAAUAAUCCAGAAUCUAAUCUGCAGAUUAAUUUAAUUUAUAUAUUUAUUUGCAGCUCGUGUCUGGAUAUAUUUGAUGUGUGUUGCCUUUGGAAACAGCGUUAAGCCGUGAGCUGAUUCUGAAUAUUUGCAGAUUUCUCAACAGUUUAUCGGCUCUCUGUUUCCCAACCGGCUGUCAGAGUCCACGUUACAGCAGACUGACAUGUGAGGAGAGACAUGUCUGCUCACAUGUGAGUCCACGUUACAGCAGACUGACAUGUGAGGAGAGACAUGUCUGCUCACAUGUGAGUCCACGUUACAGCAGACUGACAUGUGAGGAGAGACAUAUCUGCUCACAUGUGAGGAGAGACAUGUCUGCUCGCAUGUGAGUCCACGUUACAGCAGACUGACAUGUGAGGAGAGACAUAUCUGCUCACAUGUGAGUCCACGUUACAGCAGACUGACAUGUGAGGAGAGACAUGUCUGCUCACAUGUGAGGAGAGACAUGUCUGCUCACAUGUGAGUCCACGUUACAGCAGACUGACAUGUGAGGAGAGACAUAUCUGCUCACAUGUGAGUCCACGUUACAGCAGACUGACAUGUGAGGAGAGACAUAUCUGCUCACAUGUGAGUCCACGUUACAGUGGACUGACAUGUGAGGAGAGACAUGUCUGCUCACAUGUGAGUCCACGUUACAGUGGACCGUCAUGUGAGGAGAGACAUGUCUGCUCACAUGUGAGUCCACGUUACAGCGGACCGUCAUGUGAGGAGAGACAUGUCUGCUCACAUGUGAGUCCACGUUACAGCAGACUGACAUGUGAGGAGAGACAUGUCUGCUCACAUGUGAGUCCACGUUACAGCAGACUGACAUGUGAGGAGAGACAUGUCUGCUCACAUGUGAGUCCACGUUACAGUGGACUGACAUGUGAGGAGAGACAUGUCUGCUCACAUGUGAGUCCACGUUACAGCAGACUGACAUGUGAGGAGAGACAUGUCUGCUCACAUGUGAGUCCACGUUACAGCAGACUGACAUGUGAGGAGAGACAUGUCUGCUCACAUGUGAGUCCACGUUACAGCAGACUGACAUGUGAGGAGAGACAUGUCUGCUCACAUGUGAGUCCACGUUACAGCGGACCGUCAUGUGAGGAGAGACAUGUCUGCUCACAUGUGAGUCCACGUUACAGCAGACUGACAUGUGAGGAGAGACAUGUCUGCUCACAUGUGAGUCCACGUUACAGCAGACUGACAUGUGAGGAGAGACAUGUCUGCUCACAUGUGAGUCCACGUUACAGUGGACUGACAUGUGAGGAGAGACAUGUCUGCUCACAUGUGAGUCCAUGUUACAGUGGACUGACAUGUGAGGAGAGACAUGUCUGCUCACAUGUGAGUCCACGUUACAGUGGACUGACAUGUGAGGAGAGACAUGUCUGCUCACAUGUGAGUCCAUGUUACAGCGGACCGACAUGUGAGUCCAUGUUACAGCGGACCGACAUGUGAGUCCAUGUUACAGCGGACCGACAUGUGAGGAGAGACAUGUCUGCUCACAUGUGAGUCCACGUUACAGCGGACCGACAUGUGAGGAGAGACAUGUCUGCUCACAUGUGAGUCCACGUUACAGCGGACCGACAUGUGAGGAGAGACAUGUCUGCUCACAUGUGAGUCCAUGUUACAGUGGACUGACAUGUGAGGAGAGACAUGUCUGCUCACAUGUGAGUCCACGUUACAGCGGACUGACAUGUGAGUCCAUGUUACAGCGGACUGACAUGUGAGGAGAGACAUGUCUGCUCACAUGUGAGUCCACGUUACAGCGGACUGACAUGUGAGGAGAGACAUGUCUGCUCACAUGUGAGUCCAUGUUACAGUGGACUGACAUGUGAGGAGAGACAUGUCUGCUCACAUGUGAGUCCACGUUACAGCGGACUGACAUGUGAGUCCAUGUUACAGCGGACCGACAUGUGAGUCCAUGUUACAGCGGACCGACAUGUGAGGAGAGACAUGUCUGCUCACAUGUGAGUCCACGUUACAGCGGACUGACAUGUGAGUCCAUGUCGGUCCGACAUGGACCGACAUGGACUCGCAUGUCGGACCGACAUGUGAGUCCAUGUUACAGCGGACCGACAUGUGAGGAGAGACAUGUCUGCUCACAUGUGAGUCCACGUUACAGCGGACCGUCAUGUGAGUCCACGUUACAGCGGGCCGACAUGCGAGUCCACGUUACAGCGGGCCGUCAUGCGAGUCCACGUUACAGCGGGCCGUCAUGCGAGUCCACGUUACAGCGGACCGUCAUGCGAGUCCACGUUACAGCGGACCGUCAUGCGAGUCCACGUUACAGCGGGCCGUCAUGCGAGUCCACGUUACAGCGGACCGUCAUGCGAGUCCACGUUACAGCGGACCGACAUGCGAGUCCACGUUACAGCGGACCGUCAUGCGAGUCCACGUUACAGCGGACCGUCAUGCGAGUCCACGUUACAGCGGACCGUCAUGCGAGUCCACGUUACAGCGGACCGUCAUGCGAGUCCACGUUACAGCGGACCGUCAUGCGAGUCCACGUUACAGCGGACCGUCAUGCGAGUCCACGUUACAGCGGACCGUCAUGUGAGUCCACGUUACAGCGGGCCGUCAUGCGAGUCCACGUUACAGCGGACCGUCAUGUGAGUCCACGUUACAGCGGGCCGUCAUGCGAGUCCACGUUACAGCGGGCCGACAUGUGAGCAGAGACAUCAUGUCAGCAGGAAACACUCUACAGACAGUUUCUGUGUUUUUAGUCUUCAAUGAAAAUGAAUGUUAAUUUAUUGUUUUUAAGAAUCGUUGAUGUGAUCACUGAAUGCUGCUCAAUGAGAAUGUUUUUAACUAUGAAAUGUUAUUAAAGUUUUAAAUCUGUCUGCUGUCUGCACGAGGGGAGACACAGAAAUAAAGUGAAAUAUUUGUAUAAGUUUUA